UUUUUUCUUUCCACCUUUCUGUCUGUUGCUCUAACCCUUUCAACUCCAGAGGAAUGAGCAACACAUUUCCUUGCAAUCCACUCGAGUCUGCUGGUUCUCAAACAGUGCGCAGUUUACGCAGGAUUCCCGACUUCCAGUUACUUCCGGACACAUUCUGAAGGAUGGCUCCUGCUUGCUCGAGCUGCACAAAGAUAAUUACUCAGGAAGUGUGUCAGCCAAUGGCUUGAAGCAUUACAUUUGGAUUUCCAAAAGCACCCAAUCCGGCCCUCGCUUGUAUCAGGAAGACAGAUCAUUAAACUCAAGUGCCAAGCCCUUUUCUGUCUGAGAACCGAAAGUCUAUCCUCCAUGUUUUAUAAGUAUUGACAUAACACAGUAACAAUGCAUCCACAGAGCUUGGCCGAGGAGGAAAUCAAGACGGAGCAGGAGGUGGUAGAGGGAAUGGAUGUCACAACGAGAUCCAAAGGGCCGGCUCUUGCGUAUCCAGAAGGUUUACCACCAGAACAUGGAGACAGUCAACAAUCUACUCCCAGUUCGGCUGAACGCCCCGGGCAGAAACGAAGAUUCCCUAGUCCUCAGCAUUCGUCCAAUGGACACUCCCCUCAAGAUUCGUCAACGAGCCCAAGUAAAAAGAAAAAGAAACCGGGGCAGUUAAACAGCAGUAAUAAAGACCAGUCAGAACUAAGGCAUGGUCCGUUUUACUAUAUGAAGCAGCCACUCACCACAGAUCCUGUUGAUGUUGUACCGCAGGAUGGCCGAAAUGAUUUCUAUUGCUGGGUUUGCCAUCGUGAAGGCCAAGUUCUGUGCUGUGAGCUCUGCCCAAGAGUUUAUCACGCUAAGUGUCUGAAAUUGACAGCUGAACCGGAGGGCGAUUGGUUUUGCCCUGAGUGUGAGAAAAUCACUGUUGCUGAAUGCAUAGAGACUCAGAGCAAGGCAAUGACUAUGUUAACUAUUGAACAGCUGUCUUACCUGCUAAAAUUUGCACUACAGAAGAUGAAACAACCUGGGACAGAGCCAUUUCAAAAGCCUGUGUCGUUGGAACAACACCCUGAUUAUGCAGAGUAUAUCUUUAAUCCUAUGGAUCUUUCUACAUUGGAAAAGAAUGUAAAAAAGAAAAUGUACGGCUGUACCGAAGCCUUCCUGGCUGAUGCCAAAUGGAUUUUACAUAAUUGCAUUAUAUACAAUGGUGGAAAUCACAAACUCACACAAAUGGCGAAAAUCAUAAUCAAGAUUUGUGAACACGAGAUGAAUGAAAUCGAAGUAUGUCCUGAAUGUUAUUUAGCUUCUUGCCAAAAAAGAGAGAACUGGUUUUGUGAGCCUUGUAGCAAUCCACACCCUUUGGUCUGGGCAAAAUUAAAAGGAUUUCCAUUCUGGCCCGCAAAAGCCUUAAGAGAUAAAGAUGGACAGGUUGAUGCACGCUUCUUUGGACAGCAUGAUAGGGCCUGGGUUCCAAUGAAUAAUUGCUACCUCAUGUCCAAAGAAAUCCCCUUUUCUGUGAAAAAGACUAAAAGUAUCUUCAACAGUGCAAUGCAAGAGAUGGAGGUAUAUGUGGAGAACAUUCGCAAACGGUUUGGGGUGUUCAACUACGCACCUUUUCGAACACCUUAUACACCAAACAACCAGUACCAAAUGUUACUAGACACCGGGAAUCCCAGUGCCGGGACAGCCAAGACUGAUAAACAGGAGAAAAUCAAACUGAACUUUGACAUGACUGCCUCCCCGAAGAUAUUGAUGAGUAAGCCUAUGUUAAACAGUGGCGGUGGGCGGAGGAUUUCUUUAACGGAUAUGCCACGCUCUCCAAUGAGCACAAACUCAUCUGUUCACACUGGGUCCGAUGUAGAGCAGGAUACGGAAAAAAAAGCUGCUUCAAGUCACUUCAGUGCAAGCGAGGAGUCAAUGGAUUUUAUUGAUAAGAGUACAGCCUCUCCAGUAUCGACAAAGACUGCCCCUGGUGGAAGUUUAUCAGACAGCCCCAAGCCAUUCUCUCCACAAUCAACUCCAGUAUCUUCAAAGCAAGACCGGACCUCUACCACCGGCAGCAUUCUCAAUCUGAAUUUGGACCGUAGCAAAGCAGAAAUGGAUUUGAAAGAGCUGAGCGAAUCUGUUCUCCAACAGUCGACCCCCACUUCACUUAUAUCUCCAAAGAGGCAAAUCCGUAGCCGGUUCCAACUUAAUCUCGAUAAGACGAUAGAAAGCUGCAAAGCUCAGUUAGGGAUCAAUGAAAUUUCGGAGGAUGUGUACACAGCCGUAGAACACAGUGACUCGGAGGAAUCUGAGAAAACGGAUACUAGUGACAGUGAGUUUGCAAGUGACGAGGAUCAGAAGCCAAAGAAUGACUUGGGGGAGGAAGGGAGAAAAACGAGUGUUAAAGUCGAAAAAGACACCCCUCCUGCAUCCUUGGCGUCCUCGGUAAAAAAGAAGCCGAAGACACCAGGGGCAGUUGAUGUGAAGGAAGAACCUAAAAGUACGACAACAGAAAAAACAAGUCCGCCAGCCAAAGAGAAAGCAAGCACUGACACCGACAAAGAUGUGUUGGAAAAAAGCAAAACAUUAUCAAAUUCCUCGAAAGAAAAGCUAAAGGGAAAAGACGAGACGGAUUCUCCGACCGUGCGUCUUGGUUUGGAUUCCGACUCUGAAAACGAACUUGUUAUUGAUUUAGGAGAAGAUCACGCUGGGCGAGAGGGACGCAAAACGAAGAAGGAUCUAAAGGAAACACCAGCCAAGAGUCAAGAAAGUAAAGUUACUGCUGCGUUGAAUGCUAGCGGACAGUCAACGCCAGAGACUCCUAUCCUGACUCGAUCUGCAGCGCAGUCUACUCCCGCUGUUGGAGUAACGGUAACUUCUAGUGCCAUAGCAGCUCUGGCCACCCCAGCUGCAGCCACGGGCAGCCCGGUUAAGAAGCAGAGGCCUCUUCUACCCAAGGAGACUGUUCCCACCGUACAGAGAGUGGUGUGGAAUUCCUCGAGUAAAUUUCAGACUUCGUCGCAAAAAUGGCACAUGCAGAAAGUGCAGCGGCAACAGCAGCAGCAACAGCCUCCGACCUCCACUCCAUCACAGUCUCCUCAAGGAACACGAUAUCAGACACGGCAGGCUGUUAAAGCGGUACAACAGAAAGAAGUCACACAGACUACUACGACAUCGACCAUAACGCUUGUGACCAGCGCGCCUCCUAUGGCUGUAGUCACCAGCCCAGCAAAUGCCUUAACCACUUCAAUAAAUACAGACCUGCCCAUUGCAACUGCGUCUGCCGAUGUUGCUGCCGAUAUUGCUAAAUACACAAGCAAAAUGAUGGAUGCCAUUAAAGGGACGAUGACUGAAAUAUACAAUGACCUGUCCAAAAACUCUACUGGUAGCACUAUAGCAGAGAUUCGACGUUUACGGAUCGAAAUUGACAAACUGCAGUGGUUGCAUCAACAGGAGCUCUCCGAGAUGAAACAUAAUUUGGAGCUUACCAUGGCUGAGAUGAGGCAGAGCCUGGAGCAGGAACGGGACAGGCUGAUAGCCGAAGUAAAGAAGCAGACAGAACUCGAAAAACAACAAGCGGUCGAUGAGACAAAGAAGAAACAGUGGUGUGCCAACUGCAAAAAAGAAGCCAUCUUUUACUGCUGCUGGAACACCAGCUACUGUGACUACCCAUGCCAGCAAGCCCACUGGCCGGAACACAUGAAGUCUUGCACACAAUCAGCCACAGCGACACAGCAAGAAGCUGAGCCAGAACUUAGCGCAGACAAAUCGGCACAGCCUUCAGCGGGCGCCCAGCCACAACCAACAGAGGCUGCCACAACACCAAAAGAAAAGGAGAGUGCAGCUGACAAAAGCAAAGAGAGUGUCACUAUAGCAACAGGUCUGACAAGCAGCCAGCCAAUUAAACUGGUCCAAGUGCCGCAGACCACCACCUAUAUCCCAACUACUCAACCCACAAUUACCAUCCCGGUUGUAGUGAAUCCGAGCACAGGAACCGUUGCGGUGAGGGCAGGUGUCCAGUACGUUCCAACCACCGUGCCAGUACAAGUUCGGAGAGUGUAGCCUUUAACGAGAGCUCAACUCGCUCUUGGAAAUGUAAAAAAAAAAAUAAAAAACAGACUUUUGGCUUAACUCGGAUGGAAACUUUUUAUUUUUGGACCUAAGACUACACUACAUUGCGAAGCAGCAUUAGAUUUGUCACAUUGAAGCUGGAGAAAGUUACCAUCUAUUAAAAUGGCUCUUUUUUUUUUGUAAAUAAUGUACAAAUUCUGGAUGUCAUUAAAACUAGCAUAUCAUCUUUUUAUAUUUGUACCGACUUUAACUUAUGAACAUUUGUGGGGAAUGAAUAUCAUCGAUAAUCCAUCUCAAAACGUGAAAUCCUUCAAAAUCACUGUCAUACAUCAUCGGCCUGGUCACAUUUUGCGGUUUUUGCAUUUUCCAAAAUUCAUGUGAAAAUGGGACAAAAAUACAUGGACCUUUUAAAAGUAAAAGGCCGUUACAUUCUGUAGAUAUAGAGAAGUUUUUAUUCUGCGUAAGAUGAAAACGUGGUGGAAGAAAUCGCAAAGCCUUUUGUUUUCCACUCGGCGUCUCUGCGAACUGAUUUUAUAGAAUAUAUUGAAAAUACUUCCGCUCAAUAUACAUACAUGGACAAUAUAAGAACGC